AUGGUCAUACAUGACUUUCCGGUCCUGCAAAUAACCUCCGAUAGCAUUCUGGUCAAAAUUCCAGCCGAAUAUGGCUGUCCGGUCGAAACCCUCCAGCACCUAUUUAGUCCAAACUAUGCACCCACAUCACAAAAUGCAAUCUUCCUACAGAAUUGUACCUCACCACUCACUCCUUGUGAGAUACCAACAACAACGGUGCAAACUCAUUUUGAACUGCCUGACUGUGUUUCAAAAGAUAACAUUAUUAGCUGCUACUCCGAGCCAAACAACCAGGGUUUGUUCAUUGACUACCAUAACUUGACCGGAGUCCAGUGCCGGUCAUUUUUGUUGGCCACGGUUGUCUCUUUGGGUAAUCUUAACAACUCGGCGGUGUUGGUGGAUCAGGUUGUACAAUUGGGGUGGUGGCUUGAAGGGGAUUGUCAGUAUCAGUACUGUUCUGAGGAUUCAAGUUGUAUUACAAAUGUGUCACCAAUUGAUGGCCGGCCAGAAUAUCGUUGCCAAUGCUUGGAAGGGUUCAUCGGGGAUGGUUAUCGGGCCGCAUUGGGCUGCCGGAAAGGGCAAAACAUAGUUGAACAGUUCUAUGAUCUAACUCAGUAG